AAAAAUCCGUUUCUCGGGCACUUCCGUAGGCAGCCCCACAUACCCGCGCGCCAACGAGGAGAGGGGCCUCGCGGGGCCGGAAACACGGACUGGGCACCAAGAUGGCGGACCUCAGUUCCCCUCAGAAGCUCUUAGGGGCGCCUCCGCCGCCUGAGGGAGUGGGAGGAGGCCGUUGCUCCGAAAUCUCCACCGAGCUCAUUCGCUCCCUGACGGAGCUGCAGGAGCUGGAGGCUGUGUACGAACGGCUCUGCGGCGAGGAGAAAGUGGUGGAAAGAGAGCUGGAUGCUCUUCUGGAACAGCAAAACAGCAUUGAAAGUAAAAUGGUCGCUCUCCAUCGGAUGGGUCCCAACCUGCAGUUGAUUGAAGGUGAUGCAAAGCAGCUAGCUGGAAUGAUCACCUUUACCUGCAGCCUAGCUGAGAAUGUGUCCAGCAAAGUUCGUCAGCUUGACCUGGCUAAGAAAAAGAAAAGAAAAGUGGUGCACAGACUAAGUGGUAUUAAUUUUCACUUUCUCCUUUGCACAGGGAGCAUGAUUGAUGCCAACCUGAAAUUGCUGCAGGAAGCUGAACAGCGCCUCAAAACCAUUGUAACAGAGAAGUUUGCUAUUGCCACUAAGGAAGGGGAUCUGCCCCAGGUGGAGCGCUUCUUCAAGAUCUUUCCACUACUGGGUUUGCAUGAAGACGGAUUAAGCAAGUUCUCAGAAUACCUUUGUAAGCAGGUUGCCAGUAAAGCUGAGGAAAACCUGCUGUUGGUACUAGAGACAGACAUGAGUGAUCGAAGAGCUGCAAUCAUCUUUGCAGACACACUCACUCUCCUGUUUGAAGGGAUUGCCCGCAUUGUGGAAACUCACCAGCCAAUAGUGGAGACAUAUUAUGGGCCCGGGAAACUUUAUACCCUGAUAAAGUAUCUGCAGGUGGAAUGUGACAGGCAGGUGGAGAAGGUGGUAAACAAGUUCAUCAAGCAGAGGAACUAUCACCAGCAGUUCCGGCAUGUCCAGAGCAACUUGAGAAAUUCUACAACAGAAAAAAUAGAACCAAGGGAACUGGACCCCAUCCUGACUGAAGUUACCCUGAUGAACGCCCGCAGUGAGCUGUAUUUAAGCUUCCUCAGGAAGAGGAUCAGCUCUGAUUUUGAGGUGGGGGACUCCAUGGCCUCAGAAGAAGUAAAGCAAGAGCACCAGAAGUAUCUGGACAAACUCCUCAACAAUUGCCUGCUGAGCUGCACCAUGCAGGAGCUGAUUGGCUUGUAUAUUACCAUGGAGGAGUACUUCAUGAGGGAGACUGUGAAUAAGGCUGUGGCUCUGGACACCUAUGAGAAGGGCCAGCUGACAUCCAGCAUGGUGGACGAUGUCUUCUACAUUGUUAAGAAGUGCAUUGGGCGGGCUCUGUCCAGCUCUAGCAUCGACUGUCUCUGUGCAAUGAUCAACCUCGCCACCACAGAGCUGGAGUCGGACUUCAGGGACGUUCUGUGUAACAAGCUGCGGAUGGGCUUCCCGGCCACCACCUUGCAGGACAUCCAGCGUGGGGUGACGAGUGCCGUGAGCAUCAUGCACAGCAGCCUCCAGCAGGGAAAAUUUGACACAAAAGGCAUUGAGAGCACUGACGAGGCCAAGCUGUCCUUCCUGGUGACUCUGAACAACGUGGAAAUCUGCAGUGAAAACAUCUCUACUCUGAAGAAGACGCUGGAGAGUGACUGUACCAAGCUGUUCAGCCAGGGCAUUGGUGGGGAGCAGGCCCAGGCCAAGUUUGACAGCUGCCUUUCUGACUUGGCCGCCGUGUCCAGCAAAUUCAAAGAUCUCUUACAGGAAGGGCUGACAGAGCUAAACAACACAGCAAUCAAGCCACAGGUGCAGCCUUGGAUCAACACCUUUCUCUCUGUUUCCCACAACAUUGAGGAGGAAGAAUUCAAUGACUAUGAGGCCAACGACCCUUGGGUGCAACAGUUUAUCCUCAACCUGGAACAGCAAAUGGCAGAGUUUAAGGCCGGCCUGUCUCCAGUCAUCUAUGACAAUCUGACCAGCCUCAUGACCAGCUUUGUUGCAGUCGAAUUGGAGAGAGUGGUGCUGAAAUCCACCUUCAACCGGCUGGGCGGUCUGCAGUUUGACAAGGAGCUGAGGUCACUCAUUGCCUACCUUACCACGGUGACCACCUGGACCAUCCGAGACAAGUUUGCCCGGCUCUCCCAGAUGGCUACAAUCCUCAAUCUGGAGCGGGUGACUGAGAUUCUGGAUUACUGGGGCGCCAACUCCGGCCCACUGACAUGGCGCCUCACCCCCGCUGAAGUGCGCCAGGUGCUGGCUCUACGCAUAGACUUCCGCAAUGAGGACAUCAAGAGGCUGCGCCUGUAGCCCCAGGAUGAGUCCACCUGGCCUGUCACACUAAGUGGCCACAGCCAAGGAGCUGAACAAGGCUGUCUGGCGUGAGGAGAGCUCGGACGACCCAGACUGUUCCACCAUUGGCAGCAGAGAAACAAGGCACCGACUCACUCCACACUCUGCACUCAGACCGAGCUUUGGGAGUAGCCUCUCCCCACCAAGGGGCGGGUCUCCCUGGGCUCCUAACUGGUGGGCAAGUCAGCGCAGGCCAGCCUUCUCCAAGGUGGUCAUGCUCCCCCGCCGGACACUGCAGCAAACGGACUGCCAGCCCUAAAGGAUGUGGGUGCAUCUGGGGACCUAGAGAACUAGGUUUACUCCGAGAAGAGGGUGUGAUACUCUGUCCACUCUGAUUAAAGAGACUCCUCGGAGAAA